GUAGACAAAGCUGGCUUUGAACUCACAGAGAACUCCCUGACACAGCCUUCUGAGUGCGUGCACCACCACUGCCCAGCCAAGGCUCUUGAUCCUGACUCCAGCAUGACAAAAUAAAUAAAACUUUGUGUGGGAGCUUGCAUCCGUAAUUUGGUAGCUUGAGGAAGGAGGAUUGCUUUGAAGCUAUUAUAACAAUGAGUGCUAGAGAGUUAGAAUAAAAAUGAAGGCAGUUUAUUUUACAACCUUGCAAAGUCAAAUGCCAACAAAAAUGGCAAGCAUGUUCCAUUAGGGGGAAAACUGUCUUUUGAAGGGAAAGCCAAGCCAAUCACCUUGUUUGUAAGGCAUGUCCCCCUUAGGCUAAAAUUUACUUAUAAAAUCUUGCAGGUGUGAGGCCCGCCUUCUCUUUGUUUUCCUGUGUUCCUCGCUGGAACUUUGGCUUUUCAGGGUCUUGCAACACAGCCCUGGCUGCUGUUGAACUCAUGGAAAACCUCCUGCCUCGCAAGACUUAGAACUCUACAUGAAUGGACUCACCCAGCAUAUACGCUUUAGCUUUUGUUUUCAUUCAGCACCGUGAUUCUUCUGACGUCAUUAGUUCAAGAACUUACUCAUUUCCUUGGCUAUGUGACACUCUUUGGUAUGGAGAUGCCACCGGGUGUUCGUUCUGCCAUCAGUGAACGCCCGGGUUAUUUGGAGUUAUUAGUUGCAGUGUUGGUGGGCAUGUCUAUUGGAUGUCUUCCUAGCAGGAGAAAAGCUGGGUCAGAGAAGACCUAGACAAUCAUGCUGGGAGGAUCAGGACUAGAGAUAUGGCCGUUGCUGAACACGCUUGGACUUUGGUUCUACCCUAACACUGUGGUGGGGGGCUGUCCAGCCAAGUCUUUAGACUCAAGGACCAAGAGUCAAAGGCCAGCCUGGGGUACACAUGCAGUGAGUUCAAGGCCCAGUCUGUGCAAUAAAAAACAAAAAAGACAGGUGUGUGGUUCAGUGAUAGAACAUAGGCCUUGCAUCCUCCCGCCCUAGGUUUCACCCCUAAGGUGGAGGAGGGUGGAAAACGGCCCAGGGAGUAAUGACACUUGCCAUAUAGGCCUGGAAACCAGAACUCCAUCCUGGGAGCUCACUUAAAUGUAGAAGGAGAGAACUAACUCCAUAUGGUUGUCCUCUGACCACCACUGUGGCAUCCACGCACAAUAAUAAUACAUGUUGAUUCUUCUUUUAAAAUCCAUUCCAAGAUGAAGGGCCGUGGUGCAUGCCUUUAAUUUCAGCAUGCAAGAGGCAGAGGCAGGCAGAUCUCUGUGAGUUUGAGACCAGAAAAGCAGAGCUGUUAGACAGAGAAACCCUGUUUCAUUAAACCCACCUCCCAAAUAAAAAAUACAUACAUACAUGCAUGCAUACAUACAAACAUGCAUACACAAAACCUAUUCCAAUAAAAUCUUGGCAGUGUCCCUACACAGGUGACUCCUCCCACACGCUGGCCAGCAGCAGAUUUCCAGGGGUCCCUGUAUCCUUUAUCUAGCAUGCGCCCAUUUCACAGAAAGCAACUAACUGAAGCUCAAAGAGAGAAGUACAUCCUACCGCCCUGUCUUUCUCGCCAGAAGCCAGCACUGCCACCCCUCCCACCUCCACAUCCUGCCCCCAUCAUGCCCUCCUAGCCUGACUGUAAAGAGAGGGGGGGAAGAGACAGGCAGGGUCACGUGGAGCUAGGUUCCGAGGAAGGAAGCUAAGCACAGUGCAGACGGCUGCUGAUUUUGGGACUGGCCAGGAAAUCAAGGUAAGGGACGGUGUACGUGUGACACCCUCAAAAGUGUUCCUUGGAGGCAAACCUGAAAAGAGACCAGGCAAGAUGAAGACAGAAUGUGGGCAAACAAUGCGCAGAACUGUCACCUUCUGGUCUCGCAGCAAAGACUCCGCCAUGGACCCACCGCUGCCGAGUGAAGCGGUCCAAACGCAGCCCGCGCCACCCUCUCCACUGGCAUCCUACCGCUGGCACACUGGAGGCGGAGGGGAGAAGGCUGCUGGAGGGUUCCACUGGGGCCGCUUCGCGGGUUGGGGAAGGACCCUAAGCCAUCAGGAACCGAUGGUGAGCAGCCAGCCAGCCCCUCGAUCUCUAUUUCGUCGGGUCCUCUCUGCACCCCCUAAGGUGUCACGGUCCAAUCGCCUCCGGCUUACCAAGACCCUCUGGGGGAGGCACAAGAACGUGGCACCGCCGGAGGCUACAUCAAAUCCCAAGGCCCCAGAGCCAGAGCUGGAGUUAGAAACAACCCCGGAUCCUGUUGCACAAAUCCCUGAGCCUCCCACUCCUGACAUGCCAGUUUGGGACAUUGGGGGUUUCACCCUGCUCGAAGGAAGGCUGGUGCUUCUUGGUGAGGAAGAGGGUCCUCGCCAAAUGCGAAUGGGAAGCGCCAGCUCAGAGAGCAGCAUGCAGGCGUCCAUGGGAAACCUCAGGGACCCAGAUCGCACUGCUGGAAAAACUGAGCCUGAAGCCACUGGUUCCAACCAGGUCCACAAUGUUCGGGGUUUACUCAAGAGGCUGAAGGAGAAGAAAAGAGUCAGGUCGGAGCUGGGAGCCCACGGCCCUCGAGAUGGACCCCCCAGUGCUCUGGGUUCCAGGGAAUCACUGGCCACACUCUCUGAGCUGGACCUGGGUGCUGAGAAGAAUGUGCGAGUCUGGCCACUGCAUUCUAGCCUCCUGGGGGAGCCAUACUGCUUCCAGGUAACCUGGACUGGCGGGAGCCGCUGUUUCUAUUGUCGCUCCAGCGCUGAGAGAGACCGUUGGAUCGAGGACCUUCGUCGGCAGUUUCAGCCCAGCCAGGACAAUGUGGAGAGGCAAGAGACGUGGCUGACCAUUUGGGUGCACGAGGCCAAGGGGCUGCCCCGAGCAGCGGCACCCGGAGUGCGUGCGGAGCUGUGGCUGGACGGGGCGCUACUGGCACGCACAGCUCCGCGGGCUGGCCCAGGUCAGCUCUUCUGGGCUGAGCGCUUCCACUUCGAAGCACUGCCACCAGCUCGUCGCCUGUCACUGCGGCUACGCGGAGCAGGCCCGGCAGGUGCAGCCGUGGGCAGGGUAGCGCUGGAGCUGGACGAGGCGAGCAUCCCCCGAGCGCCCGCAGCGGGCCUGGAGCGCUGGUUUCCGGUGCUAGGGGUGCCAGCCGGCGCAGCUCUAAGGGCGCGAAUAAGGGUGCGACGUCUACGCGUGCUGCCGUCGGAACGCUACAAGGAAUUGGCCGAGUUCCUCACCUUCCACUAUGCGCGCCUGUGUGAGGCGCUGGAGUCCGCGCUGUCUGCUCAGGCCAAGGAGGAGCUGGCAGCAGCCAUGGUGCGCGUGCUACGGGCCACUGGCCGGGCUCAGGCGUUAGUGACAGACCUAGGCACCGCAGAGCUGGCGCGCUGUGGAGGCCGAGAAGCACUGCUAUUCCGAGAAAAUACCUUAGCCACCAAGGCCAUUGAUGAGUACAUGAAACUGGUGGCACAGGAGUACCUCCAGGAGACCCUGGGGGAAGUUGUGCAGCGUCUCUGUGCCUCCACCGAGGACUGUGAAGUGGACCCCAGCAAGUGCCGUCCACCAGAGCUGUCCAAGCACCAAGCUAGACUCCGAAACAGCUGUGAGGAGGUUUUUGAAGCCAUCAUCAACUCUUACAAUUGGUUCCCAGCAGAGCUGGGCACUGUGUUCUCAAGCUGGAGAGAAGCAUGCCAAGCACGUGGCUCUGAAGCACUGGGCCCCCGACUGGUGUGUGCCUCCCUCUUCCUAAGGCUCCUAUGCCCUGCUAUCUUGGCACCCAGUCUCUUUGGCCUGGCACCAGAGCACCCGGCCCCAGGCCCAGCCCGAACCCUUACACUCAUCGCCAAGGUCAUCCAGAAUCUUGCCAACCGUGCUCCGUUCGGUGAGAAGGAAGCCUACAUGGCCUUUAUGAAUAGCUUCCUGGAAGAUCAUGGACCAGCCAUGCAACACUUCUUGGACCAGGUGGCCGUGGUGGAUGCAAAUGCCACACCCAGUGGCUACCAGGGCAGUGGAGACCUGGCCCUCCAGUUGGCAGUUCUUCAUGUCCAGCUCUGCACAAUCUUUGCUGAACUUGACCAGACAACCCAAGAUAGCUUAGAACCACUGCCCACCAUACUUCGAGCCAUAGAAGAGGGCCGACCUGUACCAGUGUCUGUGCCAAUGCGUCUUCCCCAGAUCCCCACCAAGGUUCAUUCCAGCUUCUCUUCAGGGGAGAAACCCGGUUUUCUGCCACCUCGAGACCUCCCCAAGCACACCCCUCUCAUUUCCAAGAGCCAAUCUCUGCGCAGCUUUCAAGGGGCAGGGAGCUGGGCCCAUCGGCGGCCAGAUGAGGAAAGGUCCCAGCAGCGGCCGCGGCAGGUGCAGCGCACACAGAGCGUCCCUGCCAGACGGCCUGCCCGCCGCCGCCCUUCUGCAGGUCCCAGGCCAAGACUCAAAGAGUCACUAGGCACUGGCCCUGUGCCAUGCGGACGGGCCUGGACUGGAGCUUCUGCCUCACUGCCUCGAAAGCCGUCGGUGCCAUGGCAGCGCCAGCUGGAUCAGCCUGGGGACCGAUACCAAGCUUUGGGAACGCAUCGACCGGUGGGCAAGCUGGCAGAGUUACAGUGCGAGGUGGCUGCACUCCGCGAGGAACAGAAAGCUCUGUCCCGUCUUGUGGAGUCGCUUAGUACCCACAUCCAGGCCUUGACGGAGCAGCAGGAGCAGCUGCGCUGUCAACUGCAGGAUCUGGACUCCAGACUGGGUGCUGGGAUCUCAAAGUUGGAUUCUGAGAGUAGUCUUCCAAGCAAUGGAAGCCACAGGCUGAAAAGUCUGGAGCACCGCCUGACUGAGAUGGAAUGUACUCAGAACCAACUGAGGGAUACCCUCCACAGCCUACAGCUUCUUUCAAGGACACCAGGGUCCCGGAGCCAGCCCCUGCCUCUCAAAACACCAUGUGUCAAUGGGGCUGAGCUGUCAACGGGCACCUGAGUUUCUCAUUCCACUCCACAUGGUCUGGAAGCCAAGAGAGCCUCAGCCCUUCACGGGCAUUAGUGGAGGCAGAGUGGGAUACUGUGAGGUUGUCCAGUAAAUCUUCAUCUCAGUAAAAUUCUGCCCCUACAAAUGAUUAAUCAGAGAUCAUUCCUAGUUCUCCAUCUCUCCCAAAUUCUUACCUGGUUUGAAGCCUCCUAAAGAUGGAAGUAAUAAGCAGACUCUCACCAUUGCUGUGACCUAGGCCAUUACUCUAGGAGAUUUCAUUCUCUCAUCUGUGAAAUGUAUCCAAAAUUCUCUACAGAGUGCACAACUUCUAGUUAAAGGUAUUCAAUAAAAGGUAUUAAUCACUAUUAUGGGAAGUGUGUGCUUUUCAGUGAAGCACAGAUCUUCCACCCUCCUCAUCCUCUAUCAGUAUCUCAGGCCCCACAAGUGGUAGAAUCUUUCUAGAUUCCAAAUCACAAUCUAAGCAUGGAGGCAAAUGAAGGAAGGGAGUGUAAGGGCAGAAUACAGUUCAGUUCUGUGGCUGGUUGAGUAAAUGGGCAGGCAUUUGACUCACGGAUAAAAGGGUAAGACAAAUGAAACAGUAGGCAGAUGACUAGGUUAGCAUUCACUGAAUGUUUGACCUGGUAGAUGUGUAAGGCAGGUCACUAAUCAUAAUAGGUAGGUCUACUUAGAGAAGACUGACUCGUAAUAGGAAAUUAAUACUUGAACUAAAUGAGUAAUCAAAUGUACACACACACACACACACACACACACACACACACAUUUAUUGAGGUUUCAGGGGACUCCCAAAUGAGCCAUGGGAAAACAAUAAAGUAUAUAGACACGAA